UCAGAAAUACGCUCUCGCCUGCAGCACACACUCUCUCACACACACCGCUGGCUGUGGAUUCUCCAUCUUACUCCAUACAUUUGCAGGCCGUUUUGCAGGCGAGCCAGUCAAACCCGCCUCAGGGAGCAGGAGGAUGGAGAACAACAUGUGACCGGUCCGUGCGCUACUGUCGACAGCAUGCUUCGCCUCCACCGGACCUUGGCUCUCUUCUUCUGGUACUUUUUGCUACUUCACAGGCUGGCUCUCGCUGACGAAGAGGCCCUCUGGGGACCGACGCCAUCACACGAGAGCCCACCUGAGAAUAAAGCCAGCUCCUAUUGGUGGAAACCAUCUCUGCCAAAGCUCCCUUCCCUUCCCUCGCUGCCUUUUCGUAUCCCCUUUUACGGGAAUCCGGACGGUAAAGACGAGACAGCUGCAUUGACCACAGCUGUCAAAGGGCUGACAGAACCGACUGAUCACUUGCAAGACCAGUCGGGUUCAGGAGAAGAGAGCAUUUCGGAAGCAUCUCAACCGCCCACCACUUUGACUCAGGGGCUCCUAACCAGCGUGACAAAGAUAAGAACUGAAUCACUUCCCACAGGGACAUCAGAUUCUCCACACAGCAGCUUAGUUCAGAGUGACAAUGAUACUCUUGUUUCAGACUCCUACUCUCCCACAAGCAGCUCUAUCAGAAACACUCUGUUCACCAACAGUCCCACCAGCACUAACGCUCCUGAACAAAACGCAACACAUACCCACCCACCAUGGGGCACCUCGCGAGUAGCUGAACCCAGCAUGGGUGCCACUGCACAACACCUCCCAGAUGAACACAGUGUUUAUCAGGAGGCUGCGGAUUUUACAGAAAAGAUCUCUUCAACGAUAGCACCAGAAACUACAGUUCCCACUGCCUUGACAUGGGCAGCAGCCCGAACCACAACGACAAAUCCGGGACUGGUGGAGACCACACUGACCAGCGGACACACUCUGGGGCCUGCUACUCGCCCUACCUCCACGGAAACCAUAUUUAUUACAGGACCAAAUGAUUCCACUGUUAGCAUCACCCUCCAGGCUGGAGAGACCACAAUGUCAGAAACUCACCCCACUCAGAGUGAGGCUGACCUGGGCUUCUCAGAGGCAAGGCAGGAGGAAAAUCCAGGGAUAACCUCCACCGCCCCGGGGAUCGAUCAUAAACUAGUCUGGGAAUCCAUAACAAGCACAACUCAGAGUCAAUGGGUUAACUUUCCAAUAGCAGGAGAGCUGCCUGGCGAAGAGGAUAAGGAGGAUGAGGAAGGUGUGGUUCCCUCGGCUGCAGACGGGGACGGCGGUGCUAGUUUGGCAGACGUUUCCACUCCAUCCGCUGAGCUCCUGACAACGUCCCAGCCACGGAGCACAGGCUUUCCCAGGGAAAUUCCUCUGUACACUGACGACUGGAUGUCCAACACUGCAGACAGUGACGCCACCUUCCUUCCAGACUGCAAUAAAGAACACUCUGGGAUCUGCAACUUCUCCUACACCUGGGACUCCACAACCUCCUCGUACAUCAAGCCCACACAAAACACCACCACCAUGAACCAAUCAGACAGCCCCUUCCUGGUCCCAGCCCCACCCAUGUUGGUGCCCCUGUACACGGACUGGAACAGCGCCAUGGCGGCCUGGGGCCUGGCCUGGGAGGCACAUGUUUACGGCGCCGGAUGCGUCUUUGCGAUGCUGACGCUAGCUUCAGCGCUCAAUCUGCUCUGCCUGCCACUCCGAUGCCCAUCUGGUUGUGGCUACUUCGCUCUGGUCAGCCUGUUCCUCCUGGCUGCUGGUUGUACCAGAUCCUUCUCACUCCUCUACGAUGCCUAUGGCCACCAGGACCGCUUGCCCUCCACAGAGGCCUCUCUGAUGCUAUACGAGGCACCUUUUCCCUGCCUCACUGCAGCUUUCGGUCUGGUUUUCCUUCUCCUCUCCAUGCGCUCAAGAAUGCAGCUCUCCUACUCAGCCUUCCAGAGACCCUGCUUCCUGGCCUGCCUGGUUGUCCUGCACUUUGGUGCUGCAUUUGGUCCGGUGACACUGCUGAAAUUCUACAAGCAAAAGCCUCCCCUGUGCCUCUUUCUUUCACUCAUCUCUCGUGGAGCCUUUGUGGCACUGUCAACAUUUCUAUCUUCUGCCUAUUUUGUGUUUUACAUCUAUGUGCGGGCAGAUUCAAAGCACAUCUACCACCUGAACAACACGUCUCCAACUCCAGCUGAGCGCUAUAACCGCUGCCCCUUUGCUGAGAGCCGGGACUGGGACCGUGCAGCUGUAACAGUUUGUCUUUCGGCGUUGUUUUCUUUAGCAUGUGCAGGACUUCAGUUAUAUGCGAUGCUCAAUGCGAUGGGUGUUGCAGGUGGAGAGGAGGUCUUCCAUCCUUGGCCGUGGUGGGCUUUCCAGUUCAGCUGCAGGCUGUGUGAGCUCGGGGUUUGUCUCACCUUAGCCUUGGUGGUUGCUCAGCCAGUGUAUUGUUCUGAUCACCUUCCAGCUGCUGGAAGCUGCUGGACUGAACUGUUGGCGUCCAAGUCACCCAUCCUGCCUGGGAGCUACCAGUGGACACUGAGCCAGCAAGAGAAGCUCGCCAUCGUGGACACUGUUGGGCUUGGAGAGACAGAGAGCCUUCCUCUUUACACUCUGGUGGAUGAGAGGCUUGGAAGCAGUCUGAACGGCCUGGACCUCCUCUACCACAGCAACCGCGCCUUGGCAUACCGAGACCUGGACCUAGAUUUGGAUUUCCAGAGUUCAGAGAAACCAGAGGAUGCAGGAGGCAGGGAACCUUCGGGUGGAUCCUCGUUCACCAGUGACUCCACCACUGACCUACGACCACCUUCUCCCAUCAACCUGCGUCGCAGCAUAGAUGAGGCGCUUUUCAGCGAGGCCCUCUUUCCCAUGAGCCUCUUCAGUCCUGUUAGGCCUGGUCGCUGCAGCGAUCUCUCUGUUAACCACCACUGGACACUUCCCAGCAACGGCUUCAGUGAUCCUCUGUCAGCUGACCCUGGCCUUUAUCGAACCUCUUCCUGUGUGGAAAUGGCCUCUCAGCCCCCUUGCACCCAAUCUCAAGAUGACGGUGUUGAAGGAGAUCCGCCAUCUCCCUCCCUGUGCUCUUCCUCCAGCUGUUCCUCGCCUGAACGCUGGAGGGGCAGCUCUUCCUCCUGUUCGCUCUACCGAGCCUCCAUGGAAAGCUCCUCGCUGGUCCUCUGCCCGACCCCAGAGAGGCAAGCCCGGCAGCUUCUCCAGCAAGGAGGCCACAUGGCGUCCUCUGACCCACAGAAGCAGUACCAAACGUUGGGUGCGGCUUCACAGGAGAGCCUGGACCUGGACAUCUCAACUGAGGCAGACCGGUCUGUGCAGGAGGAAUUCAUCAGUGUCUGCAGACAAAUCGAUGCCUUGAGCAUCUGCAGUGAGACUAUCGAUUUAUAAAGGAGUCUGGUCAAACAAGGGUUAUACUGAGGACUUAAGAAGGGUGUCUGGAUUGUACCGGAGGUUGACUGUCAAGGUUUUUUUUUUUUUUUUACACUAUUUGAUAGUGCAUGGUAGCUUUGCAGAUACCAUAACAGCUGCCAAAGGAAAGUUUUUGGAAGUUUGAUGAGCUAAAUGUGGUAACUAUUGAAUGUCAGGGGGGGUUUAAGUGCCAAGAAUGUCAAAAGCCAAAAGGUAAUUUGUAAUUUUUACAUGUUUGAUAAAGGCUGGUGAAGUUUGAUACAGUCAAAAAGAAUAGUAACAUUUUACUGAGUGGUGAUAUAACAAGAACUGAUUUGUACAAAUGUUUUUAUUGCAUUCAAACAUUCCAAUAGAUAGUACUGUGACUGAAAUAAGCACUUAUUAAAUACUACUGAAGUCAUACCCUUUCCGAUUCUGCCGAUUAUCAUAAAAUCUCAUGUUAAAUGAAUGAGAUUCAAAUAAAGUUGGAACUCUACAUACCAAUAAGCAUCUCACCUGCAGUUAUGGUGCAGCAAUGCCCUCUACUGGUAAAAAAGCACACUACAUUUAUCACGUGCUUCUAUAUGAUCCAGACGGCAACUUGUAUGACAGGCUUACUAAUUUAUUUAUGUUUAAAUAUAACUUUGCUCAACACAUUGUUUAAUAAAGUUUGUUUUGUAAUA